AUGGCACGUGCGUAUCGCCUCGGAGAGGCUUGGUUCGUCGUGUCUUGUGGCUGGUGGCAGCGCGUAGUGGAGCGGGGUGACACGCCCACGGACUCACGCAUCCGAAAUGCUGAUAUCGUGGACGCCAAACGCAGUUGUCGCUGCUGUAGUCGUUCUAUCUUACAGCCUCAUCUGAUGGAGGACGUGGACUAUCGACUGGUUAGUGAACGAGUGUGGAGUGCGCUGUCCUUGGAGUUUGGCUAUGACUGGGCAGUACGUCGCGAAGUUGCUACCAUGGGUCGACGACUGGGCGUGGAUGUGUAUCCUUCUGGACUGGAGGAGCGUGCUACGGGUCACGGCCACAUUCCAAACUCGGAAGCUCCGGUAGCUGCAGUGCAGUCACCACCUUCGUCUCCCGCGCCAGAAGAAUGGACAGCUGAAAAACUGGAGCAGUGGAGAUUAGAGCUCCAAUUGGAUCAAAUUGUGGACGCUCUGGACACCGACAGUAGAUGGUACGAGGCGAAGAUCGUCGACAUCACGGACGCGAGAGUCAAAGUGCAUUAUCGGGGCUGGAGUGUCAAAUGGGACGAGUGGCUGGCUAAAACGUCGCCGAGACUCAUGCCAAAGCACUCGAGAGUACCUAAUUGGCGGAAAUUCCAAGUGAAUGACGACGUACAGGUGGGCGACGCACGACCAGGCAAGAAACGGAUAUUGUGGCGCGACGGUAGAGUGUUGGCCACAUCUACGUCGCUGCUCGUGCAGAUUCAGGUCGACGACGAGAUACGCUGGUUGGACUCAGAGGACGAGCGGCUCUGUCCACCAGGGACGCAUCGUACGAUCAACGCGAGUGCCAACACCAAUGUAGCAUCUUUAUCUUCACCUCCAAGCGUCAACAGGGGUCGUCGAAAGCGCCUUAAAACAUCUUCCCGUUAUCUCUCGGAGUCUGACGACUGA